UCCCUUACUGGCCUUACUCUUUACGUUUUUAUCAACGGAGACGCAACAAAGAAGAUAGAAGAAAAAAAAAGUAAAUAUAAAAAAAGAAAGGUAAAAACCAAAAAACAAACCACAACCAAGAUAUUUUUGCAUUUCUGCCUUCCGAUCGGAAACACUACUUUUUUUUGCCUCUCAAACUUAGAGGUUUUUUCUCUCUUUCUUCUUUCAUUGCUGACGUGAGAUUUGGAGAAUUUGAUUUGAUGAUGACGAAAGUAGCUGGGUUUUAACUUGAAUAUUGGUGCUAGGAAGGAUAAAUAGCUUGGAUUUUGUAAUAUUAGCUGAAUUUUUGUUUUGGAUAUCGUUUUUGUUUUUCGUUUGGCAACUUGACGAAAGAUAAAUAUUGUGUGAUUUUUGGGUGACUGACUAUGGCAAUGUCGUGGGCUGAAUCUGUUUCUGCAGCCGAGAAUCCGGCUGGUGCUGCGUCCAAGUCAGCAUAUGUUCCACCACAUCUAAGAAACAGACCGUCGAUAGAACCUCCUGCACAGGCUUCGUAUGCUGGUGCUGCUGCAUUAGGUAAUGACCACAGUGGUUAUGGUGUCCCAAAUGUGGUUGGGAGUCGUUGGAGUGGUCAAAGGACUGAAAACCGAUCUGGUUAUGUUGGUGGAGGAGGACGUGGUGGUGGUUGGAAUGGGGGACGUGGUGGUUGGGAUCGUGGGAGGGAGCGUGAGGUUAACCCCUUUACGGACGAAGAUAGUGAACCCUUUAGUGAAAAAGAGAGUUCUGGGAUCAAUUUCGAUGCAUAUGAGGAUAUUCCAGUGGAAACUAGCGGGGAUAAUGUGCCCCCUCCUGUGAACACUUUCGCAGAUAUUGAUUUAGGUGAAGCUGUCAACGAAAAUAUUAGGAGGUGCAAGUAUGUUAAGCCGACCCCUGUGCAACGACAUGCUAUACCUAUUUCACUUGCGGGGAGGGAUUUGAUGGCUUGUGCUCAAACUGGUUCUGGAAAAACUGCUGCUUUCUGCUUCCCCAUUAUAAGUGGAAUCAUGGCAUUUCCUCUAGCUCUUAUUCUCUCCCCAACGAGGGAGCUCUCAUGCCAAAUUCAUGAUGAAGCUAAAAAAUUUUCAUAUCAAACUGGCGUCAGGGUGGUUGUUGCCUAUGGUGGUGCUCCUAUAAACCAACAGCUUCGAGAAUUAGAGAGAGGUGUGCAUAUUCUUGUGGCAACCCCUGGGCGGUUAGUUGAUUUACUUGAGAGAGCAAGAGUCUCGUUGCAGAUGAUAAGGUAUUUGGCUCUAGACGAGGCAGAUCGAAUGCUUGAUAUGGGUUUUGAACCUCAAAUAAGGAAAAUAGUGCAACAGAUGGACAUGCCUCCGCCAGGUGUGCGACAGACCAUGCUGUUCAGUGCCACUUUCCCAAAAGAGAUUCAGAGACUAGCCUCAGAUUUUCUAUCCAGUUAUAUCUUUUUGGCUGUGGGAAGGGUCGGCUCUAGCACAGAUUUG